AUGACUUUGCGAACACAGAGUCGCUUGUCAGCCUCAGUCAAAGCACGAGGACGACCACCUUUGUUGACCUUAAGGCCAGUGGUAAUGGUACUGGUAGCAGAUACCAAAAAUGGUAUCACUGUUCAAAAAGAUAAUUUGAAGUCAGUCAUUCAUGACACAGUGUCACUAGUGACUGACUUUAGAAGUGGGUGGGUGACACCGCAUCUUCAUCGUCGUUAUCGUCACACUGUGCUACACCAUAAUAAGACUAUCAAGGUCAAUGACCUUGGAGUUGAAGAGGAAGCAUUUGGACGAAUUAAAGUUCCGAAAAAGGAAAUUGUGCUUCACUACAGUAUCAAUGUAAUACAAAAGUAUGACACAAGGAAGUCAGUUGUAACAAUCCAAAUAUCGUGCAAAAAGUCAUGA